AAUUCGCUUUGGUUUAUAGUUGCAUCUGAUAUUUGACAAAUUGCUGAAGGAAAACACGAGUUUGUGUAAAUUUAACUUUAUUUUACUCGCAUAAUAAGUGAAAGAGCUUGUUUCAGUUAUUAACUGAAAAUGGCCACAACUGACGAGAAAGUGGACGCUAAACCAAAUAUAUUGGUCACAGGAACGCCUGGUGCGGGGAAGACAUAUCUGUGCCAAAGGAUAGCUGAUCAAUUAAAGGUGAAUUGGUUGGAUUGCUCCAAAAUUGCAAAGGAAAAUGAUUUUGUUGAAGAAUAUGAUGAUGAGUACGAUUGCCCUAUACUUGAUGAGGACAAGCUCAUGGACUACAUGGAACCUUUCAUGCAGCAAGGUGGAAAUAUUGUGGAAUAUCAUGGCUGUGACUUUUUCCCAGAGCGUUGGUUCCAUGCUGUUUUUGUUGUUACUUGCUCCAACACACUGCUAUUCGACAGGCUGAAGGAGCGCGGAUAUAAUGAAAAGAAGCUAAAGUCUAACAUUGAAUGUGAAAUUUUUGGGACAGUGCUUGAAGAGGCUCGUGAUUCCUACAAACCAGAGAUUGUGUUUGAAUUAAAAGGCGAUACUAAGCUGGAUGCUGAACAAAGUCUAAAAACUAUUAAAAAUUGGUACAAAGCUUGGAAGCGAAAGUGAACUGUUGUAUUUGAACAUAAGUGUUUAUAGGGACUAGAUUAGGUAGAAAAUAUCAAACACAUGUACAAAAAUACGCGAUAACGGUGAAUAAUGUACGUAGAUAUGUACAAACAGUGACACACAGCCAAAUGAGCAUCAAGUUUUUCAACGAAAUAAUGAUAUUAGGCGAAAAUGAAACACGUUAUUUAUAACAUUGAUAUGCUAGUUGGUAAUAAUUUUUUUUUUUAUAAAAUAGUGUAUAAAUAAAAAUUAUUUUGAAUAUUC